AUGGCUGGCAGAUCAAUGACAGGUCUCCGUUUUCGAUGGCUCCUUUUCAGCGACAUUCACUUCAGGCACCAAGAUUUAGAUCGAGUGCGGAAGACAGCAAGUUGGAUUAUCGAACAGGCAGAACGGCAUCAGAUCCAGCGCGUGGUGGUGUGCGGCGACCUUUUGACAAGCCGAACCAGGCAAUCGACACAUGUGCUAUCUGAAUGUUACCGUUUCAUCAGCCGUCUCAGCGACGCUGUCCCGCGAAUUCACAUCCUGCUUGGCAACCACGAUCUUGCCUAUCGUCGCGAGUAUCAAACCACGGCCCUCGAUGCCCUCAAUUUCAAGCGUCUGGCCCCAUACGUCUCCUUACACAGCGAAGUUACACAUCAUGAAUGGGACGGUCGGCGCGUCAUACUGCUGCCAUUUCGAGAAGAGCAGAACGAGCUGACUGAGGCGGUAGCUGCUCUGAGUUCCAACGACGCUUGUCAGACAGUUGCCUUUGCCCACCUUGCGAUCAACAAGGCUAUCACUCAGCGGUACGUCGUUAAAGCUAGUGUUGAUAGCCAUCACGUGGCGAACUCCAUUACGUACCGUGGAUUGACAGGUCCGGACUGGUUUGCGUCUCUAGCCCGGACCUUUACAGGGCAUUUCCACAGUCACCAGACCAUAACUCAAGAACGACUCGGCGAGACUGGUAUCAAUCUACAAGGCAGCGUGACUUACUUGGGCUCACCAUUGCAACUGAACUGGGCCGAUCUCUACGACGAACAAAGGGGCGUUGUCCUGUUCGAUCCGGAGACCCUUGAGCAUGAACUCCUCAUAAAUCCUUACGGCAUAGGCUAUGUAGCCACUGACCUACAGCAAGUUCUGGACGACCAGGUCGAUACCGAUACCGUAGCAGACAAGCACGUCAUGCUCAUCGGCAGCCUCACGCAUCUCAAAUAUGUCACGGCUCGCGACAAGCUUCUCUCUCUUGGUGCGAGAAGUUUGCGCAACUGGACUCCUGCGGGCCUCUUCUCCAAAUCUCUUCUACCACCAUCAAGUGGCCUUGGGUUUUCGGUACCGGCGAGUGAUGUCGCCACUCAGGUCUGCAAGAAACCUACUGAGAAUGAAAUAUGUCCAGCCACGCCAACUGAUGUACCUUUGACUUCUGACACAACUACCAAUCCUCGUGUUGAGAAACUUGAUCUCAACACAGAAGUCCACGACUAUGUCGAUUCGGUAGACCUAGACCAGUCUCUUCUCUCGCGGAAAGACGAUUUGGUGCGAAUCGGCCAUAGAAUCAUAGAAGCCUCUCAUGAGACAAUGGAUCAUGAAGAGGUCACAGCUAAUUAUAAGGACUUUCUUCAUAGAGUGACACAAGUCGAUGGUACGAGAACGGCCACUGAGUUAGCAGGCCCCUCUACCCACGUCUUCGUCGCCAUCCCGCGCACUCUUACUAUUACCAACUUCCUCGGCAUACAAAACAUCAUCAUAAUAGACUUCCGACAGGACAUUCCACGUGGAUUGACCUUUCUGAUUGGUGAAAACGGCUCCGGCAAAAGCACUCUCAUUGAGGCCAUGACAUGGUGCCAGUUCGGACAGUGCGUUCGAGGUGGGCUGACUGUCAACGACGUUGUGAACGAUGUCGUUGGCAAGAACUGUGUUGUGAAGUUAGAUUUCGCCAACGGGCACUCUAUUACUCGGUACCGCAAGCACAAUGUUCACAAAAAUCGGGUUGUCGUCUCAUUGCAUGGCAAGCCGCAAACAAACCUUGAGCAUUCAGAUGCACGUACAACGCAAAAGGCCAUCGAUGAGUUACUCGGCACCGAUUUCGAAACGUAUACCAGAACGAUCGUGUUGAGUCACGGUAGUGCAGCGAGCUUCCUCAGCUCGACACCAGCACAACGACGCGAACUUAUCGAGGCAUCCCUUGGGCUAUCUGUAUUAGAUCAAUGCGGGAAAACUUCAAGGUCGCUACUUAAGAGCAUUGACAUGGAUAUGAAUAUGCUGGAGGUCCAACUGGAAGGGGUCAACCGAACUAAAGAGUACAAUGAGCGGCGACUAGAAGAUCUGCAACAGACACAAAAGCGAUUCGAAAAAGAAGUAGAAAAAGCCAUUGCAUAUUUGAAGACGAGAAUUCGCGACCGAACAAAUGAGGAAGACCGGGCUUUGAACCCCAAUAUGGAUUAUCCUACAGAUAUCUCGACGAUACAGGACCUCAUCCAGACCGAGAAGGAAAGGUUACGACAACUGAAGAAUGCUUAUAUGCUGAUGCAGGAAAUGAAACCCGUAGUAAAGACGUCGUGGGUAGGUCGACUACAGCAGCAACUAAGUGGAAAAGUUCAGGCUGUAGCUGAAGCCCAACCAACGGGACUACGGAAGCUUCUCCAAACAAUGAGUUUGUCAAUUCUUUUGUUCUUAUCGAUAAUUAUCAAAGGGCCUUUGAGCCUGCUAAAAGCUCCGCAGGAUUACUCUCAAGACAUAGACAGAACCCAUGGCCACAGAGAUGAGUUCAUCAACAGCCUCAACCAAGAAAUCAAUGCAGUCACAUCACACUUGUUGAGCCUAGAGAAGAAAAAAGAUCUUGCUUUCAGCUAUACCGCUAGGUUAAGUGAGCAAUCUGAGCAGGCCAUCCGGGACCGAAAGAAACGUGAAGUUUUACAGCAACAGCUGGCAAUCAAGCAAAAUAACGCAGCAACAUGCAGACACUUAGUUGAAACCGAGCACUCGUCUCUGCACUCCUUACGCUUAGAACACGACGUGCUGUUUACCAAGCUUGAAGAGCUUGCUGUCAAUCGCGAACUGUUUGUCUUCUGGUCCUCCGCCUUGUCCAAACGUAGCAGUCGCGCUUCAUCCUCCUCACCAAGCUCUACGGAAAAGGUUAAGGCGAACUUUCGCGACCAUGUCCUUGCAAAAUCAAUGUCAGAGCUCAACGGGCUCCUUAUACAGGUCCUCACGGUGCUGUACGAUGACACACGCCACGCGCAUGUUGCAACCGGGAUGCUGCGUUCGCUCUUUGGCUUCGACUCUGGCAAUAAUGCGAGUAAUUCAAGUCCCUCGGGAUACGUUCUAGACCAUGCCCUUGCCGUUCACCCCUCGUUCGCCUACAGCAAGCGCUCAAGUGGCGAGCGCAAGCGCAUCGACCUGGCUUUGUUCUUCGCACUCAUGCAGUUAGUACGAGCUCGAAGUGCGCACCGUGCUUACUACUCGCUCGUAGACGAGGUGUUUGAUAACUUAGACAAUGCAGGUCAGGAGGCCGUAACCAGGUGGUGCGGUGUCAUGUUGCAGACGGCGGUUGGCUGGGUCGUCGUAAUUACACACAGUCAAUUCUUGGUCGACCGAGAUCCGGGGGUAGACACCUGCAAAUUCUUGGUCGUGAAUGCAAGGAUGGGAAAGCUAGGUACAGAGUUGUUUAUCAAUGGCCGUAAAAUCUGUGGAAAUUGA